AUGUUUGAUGCAGGUAAUGAUGUGAUCACAGAAGAGGACCGAGACAACAUCCGAGCUUUUCAGCUGAAAAUGCUUGCGAACAUACCUCGCCAUGCCUAUGAUAGAAUGCGCUAUGCUUUUCGACACAAAAUGACAUUGGAUUCGGAAUGGGUCAUAGUUCAUCGCUUAGCGCUGCUGUCUGGAAUCGAACCCCAGAACAUACACUGCUGCAUACAAUCUUGCAUCGCUUAUACAGGACAAUAUGUUCACGAUGAAAGAUGCCCAUUUUGCGAUGAAGCCCGAUAUACCAAACAUGGCCAUCCUCGACGCACAUUCAUGUACAUUCCUCUAAUUCCUCGACUUCAAGCUCUCUUCCAUAAUCCCACCAUGAUCGAACAAUUGACUUAUCGCCACAACUUUGCACAGAGUGAUAGGCUUAUCAGGGAUGUGUUCGAUGGCGAGUGGUACCGCAAACUUCGCUCCCGUCAUGUUGUUGUAGAUGGUGUCAAGCGACGACACAAAUACUUUCAUGAGCCACAUGACAUAGCGCUUGCACUAUCUGCUGACAGCUAUCUCCUCUUC